UGGUUUCCACCAGAGUUCCAGGGGAGGUUAAGAUCUGCUCCGAAAUUAAUUUUGCAAAUUUUCCAAAGACCAAAAAUCUGAAGGGAAAAAAAUGGCACCCGUUGGAUCAAAAAAGGGCAUUCUGGAGCGCUUGAAUGCAGGCGAGAUUGUGAUCGGAGACGGCGGCUUCGUCUUCGCCCUGGAGAAGAGAGGCUACGUGAAAGCCGGACCCUGGACUCCAGAAGCCGCAGCUGAGCACCCCGAAGCAGUGCGACAGCUGCACAGAGAAUUCCUGAGGGCGGGGGCAAAUGUCAUGCAGACGUUUACCUUCUACGCCAGCGACGAUAAACUUGAGAACAGAGGCAACACAGUCGGCUUCACUGGGGUGCAAGUCAACGAGGCUGCUUGUGACCUGGCCAGGGAGAUCGCCAAUGAGGGUGAUGCCCUGGUGGCGGGCGGAGUCUCUCAGACCCCCUCUUACCUGAGCUGCAAAAGCGAGACUGAAGUGAAAAACAUCUUUAAGAAGCAGAUAGAUGUCUUCAUCAAGAAGAACGUGGACUUCUUGAUCGCUGAGUACUUCGAGCACGUAGAGGAAGCCGAAUGGGCCGUCCAAGUCCUGAAGACUACUGGGAAACCCGUCGCUGCCAGCCUGUGCAUUGGACCAUUAGGAGACAUGCAUGGAAUCACCCCUGGAGAGUGUGCCAUCCGUCUGGUAAAGGCUGGCGCUGAUAUUGUCGGUGUGAACUGCCACUUUGACCCGAAGACCUGUGUCAAGACUGUGACCAUGAUGAAGGAGGCAGUGGAGAAGGCUGGACUCAAAGCUCACUACAUGGUGCAGCCUCUGGCCUUCCAUACACCUGAUUGCAGCUGCCAAGGCUUCAUCGACCUACCUGAGUUCCCAUUUGCUCUGGAACCCAGAAUACUGACCCGCUGGGAUAUGCAUGCGUACGCUAGAGAGGCCUACAAUGCAGGUAUCCGCUUCAUUGGAGGCUGUUGCGGGUUCGAGCCCUACCACAUCCGUGCUUUAGCUGAGGAACUGGCUCCGGAGCGCGGAUUCCUUCCUGAGGGCUCGCAGAAGCAUGGCCAGUGGGGAAGCGGCCUGGGGAUGCACACCAAGCCCUGGGUCCGCGCCAGAGCCCGUCGUGAUUACUGGGAGAAGCUGAAACCUGCUUCCGGCCGCCCGUUCUGCCCGUCCUUGUCCACCCCGGACUCCUGGGGCGUCACUAAAGGCCACCCGGACCUGAUGCAGCAGAAGGAGGCCACCACUCAGGAUCAGCUCCACCCACUGUUCACCAAGUCUCAAGCCAAGUGCUGAGUAUGGAGAAGAAGGAAAAAUCCACACUCGCCCAUGCCAUCAGGGUGUGGGAAACCGGGACAGAGAAGAGGAGAGCAAAAAGAAAACGAAAACGCAAGUGGAAAAAGACUAGACCUUAUUUCUCUCUCUCUCUCUCUCUCUCUCUCUCUCUCUGUUUACAGGUGAUCAAAAAUGAAGUGUUCAUAUUGGCAUGUUUUUGCCUGGACCAUUUUUCUAUCAAAACAAAAUCUGUGUUCUUUUUCUCCAGCCAGUGAAAGCAGUGUUGAGACCAAAAUGUACAUUUGUAAUCGUACCCAAGGCACUGUUGCCUUUGUGUUUUAGCAUAUGAUAUCACUGCUAACAUUUUGGUCGAUGUUCUGUGAGUCGAUUCCACCAGUCUGAUGAAUCUGGACGACUAGACGCUGUAGAACUGUACAAAGCUGUGUGACCACAUGUGCAUGUGAUCCAUUCAGAGUCGUUCGAAAUCUCAGGUUCACUGAAAACUCCAGGCUUUUAACGGUGUUAUCCGAUCAAGCGAUGAGCUCUUGACGUGUUGAAUUUUGUUGUUAACUUAAUGCUUCAUUAAACAGCUCAAUAUGA